AUGGAGAGUGCCUCAAAUAAAAGAAAAAGGAUGAUUUCAUUGAGCACAAGGCUCAAAACUAGUGAAGAUGACAAGAAAACAAUUCAUAUAGACUUGAUUAAGUCCAAAGAUUAUAUUUGUGGGCUUGAAGAAGAGAAGAAACCUCUUCAAGACAAAGUGAGCUUUCUAGAGAGUGAAUUUAACGGGUUUGUUGAGACAAAGAAGAGUCUAGAACUUAAGUUGAUAAAACUUAAUAGAGACCUUCAUGAAUCACAAGAACUCUGUAAGAGACUUUUCCUAAGCACAAAAAAAUUGAAUAAAAUGUUGUUCAUAGGGAAGAGUGUGGGUGACAAAAGAGGCCUAGGCUAUACAAAUGAGAAUAUCACUUUUAGUCCAUCCAAGACCAUGUUUGUGAAGGGUUAUCCUAACCCAUCACCCCCACGUGUCCACAAAAGAGUAAAAAUGGUAAGGGUGUGCAUUCAAAGAAGUUGGUUAAAAAGGAAACCCAAGCCAAAGAAUUUGUCUAUUUUACUUAUGGAGAGGCAUUGUCACUAUAGCAUGCAUGGCAUGCAUGAUAGGGAAGUCUUGGAUAAAAAGCUUAUGCAUCUAGCCAAUCAAUACAAAGCCUUGAACAAUCAAUUCAUACAUCUUAAAAAGCUUAUGGAGACGUCAAGUGAGUCUAAGCAUACUCAUGUAUCAUCUUCAAAGCGCUCACAAGCUAGAGUGCGCAAGACUCCUUCUACUCCCAAGAUCAAGGUUGAUCUACAUAUUUUGGAGAAAAGAGAGUUAUUCCUCCACCCAUUCUCUGACCAAACCUGA